CCCUUGUGCAACGACGCCUUGAAGUCACGGCACACGAAGUUUAAACGUGCAAUAAUUUCAGUUCUUUUAUUUUCGAUCAACAAGUGACUCUGCUAAACUUAGGAUGAGUCGUCAAGUCAUUUCAGUUCAUAUUGGACAGGCCGGUGUGCAGGUCGGCAAUGCAUGCUGGGAGCUAUAUUGUCUGGAACACGGCAUAGAACCCGACGGACAGACGCCAAGCGAUAAAAAUGUUGCCAACGGUCACGGUAUUGGGGACUGCUUCUUCAGAGAAACGAGUGCUGGAAAAUAUGUCCCGCGGUCAAUCUUUGUUGACCUUGAGCCAACAGUAAUAGAUGAAAUCCGUACUGGUACGUAUCGGCAACUCUUUCAUCCAGAGCAAAUGGUGUCUGGGAAAGAGGACGCAGCAAAUAACUACGCCCGAGGUCAUUGCACUGUUGGUAAAGAUAUUGCCGAUUUGGUAUUGGACAGAAUCAGGAAACUUGCUGACCAGUGCAACGGUCUACAGGGUUUCCUUCUCUUCCAUAGUUUCGGUGGUGGCACUGGUUCUGGUUUCACCUCCCUACUCGCAGAACGUCUGUCUAUAGACUAUGGUAAAAAGUCAAAACUGACAUUUGCCAUUUACCCCGCGCCGCUGAUAGGGACCUCUGUCGUCGAACCGUACAACUCGGUGUUGACAACGUCAUCAUCCAUGAAUCACGUGGACUGUGCGUUCCUUAUGGAUAACGAGGCUCUGUAUGAAAUUUGUCGACGUAAUUUAGACAUUGAGCGUCCGACAUACACAAACCUAAACAGGUUGAUUGCCCAGGUUGUGUCGUCGACUACUGCUUCACUGAGGUUUGACGGCGCCCUCAACGUUGAUUUGAAUGAAUUUCAGACAAACUUGGUACCGUACCCACGGAUUCAUUUUCCGUUGACAACAUACGCGCCAAUUAUUUCUUCAGAGAAAGCUUAUCACGAAAGUCUUAGCGUCGCUGAAAUAACGAACGCCUGUUUUGAACCAGCAAAUCAGAUGGUCAAAUGCGAUCCGCGUCACGGCAAAUACAUGUCAUGCUGUCUGCUUUUCCGAGGUGACGUGACUCCAAAAGACACUAACGCAGCCAUAGCAAGCAUUAAGACAAAACGGACGAUCCACUUUGUCGACUGGUGCCCAACAGGUUUCAAAAUUGGCAUCAACUACCAACCACCAACCGUUGUUCCAGGCGGUGACUUGGCUAAAGUACAGCGUGCCGUCUGCAUGUUAAGCAACACCACAGCCGUCGCCGAGGCCUGGGCUCGUCUCGAUCACAAAUUCGACUUGAUGUACGCCAAGCGUGCCUUCGUCCAUUGGUAUGUCGGUGAAGGUAUGGAGGAAGGUGAAUUCUCAGAGGCACGUGAAGAUUUGGCAGCCUUGGAGAAGGACUACGAAGAGGUCGGUGUCGAUACAGUGGAUGGGGAAGAAAUAUUAGAAGAACAGGACGAGUAUUAAUGAACUUAUUAAUUUCUCAUCAUUGUAAUGAACCGGUGACACCACUAGUUCUAUUAAAUAUAUUUGUUUUAGAAUGAACAUUGUCAUAAAUGAAUGAACCAUGUACCACCACCAACGUGCUUCUUGUUAUAUGUGAUGAAUUGGGCUUUCACUUUUCAAUGUAUAUUGACAAUGCCCCGGGUAACUUACAUUUUAACAUUAACUUACAUUUUAACGUUGUACAGAUUUACAUAUCGAGACUGCAUAUGUUACGUAUAUAUCUGAUUUACAACGUAUAUGUAGAGUGGAGGCCACAUUUUUAUUACAGUCACGGUUACAAAUAAAUAAGUUUAAGAUCAGUCGCAAAUUAUUAUUCCGUUACACAAAUAAUUGUAAAUAUUAUUUUAUUAUUGUAAUAAUAAUAGUAGUAGUAAUCUCUCAUAAUAUUUUGUAAUAAUUAUUAAACCACUGUUUUUUGUGACUAUUAAUUAUUAAAUAUCUAUUAUGAUUAUCUGGAUAUUAGGUUGGUGUGUCAAUAAUGGAACACUGUAUAGUAUGAAAGCCAAUUUGGGACAUUUUUCGCAUCUCCACUUACUAUCUACAAAAUGUCACCAGUGGGCUUUCAUAGUAUAGUGACAGUAUAGUUGCUGGAGUAUUUUACAUGUUUAUUAUUUUAAAGAAACGUUCUAAUUAAGCAUGUCAUGUUUUAAUUUUCUCGCCAUCGGGUUUCAUGAUCUGUAUAAAGUACGAUUACGUUUAUCUAAACACAAAUCGACUUGUAGCUCCAAUUCUUCCCAUACAAGUGCACUGGUUGACGAAUGUGUUAAGCCAUCAGAGAGGGAGUUAGUGCAUUUUCUAAAAACUUUCAAGUUGUUUCUUUUAACCUUCGCAAACACGUGACGACAGGUUAUUGUUUCUGUUAAUAAAACAUUAUUAUUAUUGUUGUU